ACUUUCUAAUUUCAGAAACCUUUAGGACAAUCCUUGGAAAUCCCUGAAAAUCAUCCAAAUCCAGUUCCAACAAGUUUCAGAAACCAACCGAAUAUCACCAAAAUCCUUCAACAUACUUGUAAAUCCAUCACGCCUUCAGAAACUCUCUGGAAACUUUUUGGUAACCAAUCCAGAAAUUCUUGGAAAUGGUCUAAAAACCUUAAUAAGGUUAUCUUGGACAAAGGACUAACUUGGACAUCACACAUUAGUUGCAAAAUCAAAAAAGCAACGAUUGUACUGACCCAGUGCCGAAGGGCUAUUGGGAAUACUUGGGGAUUAAAUCCGAAAGUUACAAUGUGGAUCUACACUUCUGCGAUAAGACCCAUGGUAGCUCACGGAGCCAUAGUCUGGUGCUCAGCACUAAAACAUGCAUAUAAAGCUACAUUGCUGCAUCAAUUGCAACGACUGGCCUGCCUGCUAAUCACAGGCGCUAUGAGAUCUACACCUACGAUUGCAAUGGAGACUAUGUUAAACGAUAUUUUUAUCAGGGAGGUGGCCGUGAUGGCAUUGCUUCGGUUGCGAUCAGUAAAUGAAAAGCAGGUUGUUAAAAUGGGAAUAGUCCGGAGCAAGCUCUGGAGUGAGGCUGUUAGUAAACAACCCCUCCUUAAAGCUCGCACAGACUACAUUACACCUACUUUCUUAGGCAAGCCACACUUUGGCAUUGAAACGAUACCCCAGAGCAACUCAAGCUCAGGCAAAACGCUGACCAUCUACACUGAUGGAUCAAAGAAGGCUGGAGGUUCCGGAGCGGGAAUCUUCUCGCACGAUAUCCAGCUGCACCUUUCCACUUCGUUAGGAUCGUAUUGCACGACUGCUCAAGCCGAAUUAAUUGCUAUAAAUAUAGCAGCCGAUGCGAUUAUCGAUUCCAAAAAAGUCGGCAGAAACGUUGUAAUCUGUACUGAUAGCAGACAGGCUAUGCUGGCGGUUGGCAGGCAUCAUACUGCAUCAUCGUUGGUGAAGUCCUAUCGGCAAUCACUCGAAGAGGCAAACGUAUACAACAACGUCACGAUAAAAUGGCGAAAAGGACACAUCGGAAUUAAAGGACAUGAUGAAACGGGCGGCUAACAAGUCACCGAUCUCCCCUGAACCGUUUGUACCACUAGCUGUUAAUACAGCAUCAAAACUGAUAAACUCCAUCUCCCACCGAGCUUUUUGCGAUAGAUGAGAUGGGACGGCAGUAGGUCCCUUUGCUAAGAAAACUCUGCUCUACCCUGACCGGAAGACAUCUACUCAGUUUCUGGGAAAAUCGAAAAGUGACUUGAGGCUUCUCACCCACUUCCUGACCGGACACUGCAGGUUACGUAAGCACAUGUUUUACAUGAAGCUGGCGAAUACACCCCUCUGUAGAGGGUGUGAAAUGGAAGACGAGGCGGUAAGUCAUACUGUUUGUGACUGUCCAAACCUCGUGUACUUAAGGGAAUCUAUUUUCGGAGUACCAUGGCUCCAAAUUUCGGAUAUAAGGAACAUACCUUUCUGUUCUAUAUUAACGUUCAUGAAAAGAUUGGGCUGGUUUUCUGACCCUUGAAUGAACAGUAAACCGUGGGGA